AUGGCAACUGAUUCGAGCGCACCAAUUCAUUUCUAUCGUCGCAACGAGCCGUACGGUGAGUUUAGUAACUUUUAUCAGGCUCCUAUCCAACUGGACGGAUUUACUUGGCCAACCACUGAACAUUAUUUUCAAGCUCAAAAAUUUGUUUCGGAUGAUUAUCAUUACAAACGUGUUCUACAACUUGCCACACCUCGAGAGGCGUUCUCCUACGUUCGAACUUACAAAUCUGCCGUACGCUCAGAUUGGUCAGGUGUGAAAGAUGGUGUGAUGUUGAAAGCAUGCAUGGCGAAGUUUGAACAGCAUCCUAAACUGAAAUCAUUACUGUUAUCAACUGGAGAUCGUGUUUUAGUGGAACAUACGACGAAUGAUUCUUAUUGGGGAGAUGGCGGAGAUGGAACGGGUCGAAAUCAAUUAGGAAUUACGUUGAUGGAAGUGCGAAAGGCACUGAGAGAACCAGAACAACAAGCAACUGAUCACGCUUUAGUGAUGGGACAUCACAUACAUGCACAAAAAUUAUAUUUGGCUGUAAUGAAACGAAUACGACGUAAUGAUCCCGAAUUUAUAUCGGUUGUUGUAUAUGAUUAA